CAACAGUGGCUUCCUUCCUUCCUUCCUUCUUUGAGGGCCCGGGCCACGCCCCUUUGGAACGUCCAGGCACUUGCGGGACUGCGCGGAGUUGGCGCCGCCGGUUGGCUUCGUGGUGUGACGGUCGGCACGCGUCGAAACCAACGGAGCAUGGAGAGGGCGCCACGGUCUUAACACCGCGUGUGGGACCCGCUUGGCAAAUUUGGGAGACCUGCCCUUCCCGCAAAUUGAACAGUCUGUGGAUUGGCGCAUGUUCGGGAUGGCUGGAUCGUGGGACUCGGAUACGAAAAUGGACACCAAGCUGGUGUGGAACCCGUACGAGAGCACGACGCGCUCGGUGCAGGCCCUGGAGCUGAAGCUGGGGUCCCUGGUGCUGCUGUUGGUGGUGACGCUGCUUUGUGCGUUCAUCCCGCUCUGGCUGUUCCGGAGGCCGGGCUCUGCCCUCAACAGUGGAAGCUUUGGCCCUCAAAGGAAAACCCUGAGAUUGGUCAGCUGUUUUGCUGGCGGCAUUUUCCUGGGGACCUGUCUUCUCGACCUGCUUCCUACUUAUCUAACCAGCAUUAACGAAGCCCUGGAUGAUUUGCGAGUCACGCUCCGUUUCCCCUUGCAGGAAUUCAUCCUGGCCAUGGGCUUCUUCGUCGUUCUGGUGUUGGAACAGAUCGUGUUGGCUUACAAGGACCCUUCGGGAUCCCUGGAAGAGACCGAGGCCCUCUUGAGCAACGCUUCCCACUCGCAUCCUUCCCUGCAGCAGGACCAGAGUUGGCCCGAGGGAUCCCAGCGGCCCCUGGCUCGCGACCGCCUGGCCGCCGAGCGCACCCACGUCCACGUGGACUUCAACGCCCACUCGGCCAUCCGCUUGGUGGUGCUUUUCCUGGCCCUCUCGCUCCACUCCAUCUUCGAAGGGCUGGCCGUGGGGCUGCAGGAAGACGGCGCCCAGGCCUUGGAGAUCUGCGUGGCUCUCCUCAUCCACAAAGGAGCCAUCGCCUUCAGCCUGAGCCUCAAGCUCCUGCAAGGGAGGCUGCGUCCCCGGGUCGUGGCCAUCUGCCUGGUUCUCUUCUCCGCCAUGUCUCCGUUCGGCAUCGGGCUGGGCGUGUCCCUGACCGAGGUCCCCAUGGCGGCUCUGUCCCGCCUCUCCCGCAGCGUCCUGGAAGGCUUGGCUACGGGAACCUUCGUCUACAUCACGUUUUUGGAGAUCCUGCCCCACGAACUCGGCUCUUCCGAGCAACGCAUCCUGAAAGUCAUCGUUCUGCUGCUCGGAUUCGCCCUGGUCACCAGCGUUUUGUUCGUGAAGAUCUGAGUCGGGUGUCGGGCGCGGGGCAGGGGGAGGAAAAAAAACAAAACAACAACCCAGCCCCCUCCUAGCGGACACACGCUUUGCAGGAAGCAUCCUCCGUCCUGCCGCCGAUUCCGCCUUACGGAGUUUGCCAAAUGUUUUUCCUCGGUUUCCCGUUGCCCAAAACCGACUCCCGUCAAUUCUGGCUAUCUCCGUCUUAACGGGGCUGCCAACCCCCCCCUUCCCCCCCCUCCCCCCCCUCCUCCCCCCUUGAAAAACUCGGUCUGAGCUCCAUUUGAUAUCCAGGCCCAUCCGUCAAACCUUCUGCCAAUCCACCCUGGAGGAUCAGAACGAGGAUUCCCACACGACGGAAGCUCCGUGGAAACUGGAAAAUAUUUCCUGCUGGGUCAUUUCGGAGCUCUGCGGUGGGGUUAGGACUUCCGUUUAUGUGGCAAACGGGACUGUUUGGGUUGGUUUAAUAAACCAGGUUGGGGUGGGGAGGGUGGAAAGAUAUAUUUUUGGUGCCAACCGUUCAACUUCGGAGCGAGAGAACCACAGUGCCUUCAUUUUUUGUCUCCAGUGCCUUAAAUGUUCGACCGACGUGGGAAAGCAAAAAGGGGGGCAUUUUUUUUUUUUUUUUUUAGUUUAGCAUCCUUUCCGCAUCUUUGACAAGAGUUUGAGGCUGUCUCAUCCCUGGGCAAUCCAAGUUUGUUUGCUUCUCGACUCGGCCAUCAUCGUUAAAGCUGGCUUGCUCCGAUGCUUUAGUUUUAAUUAGUUUCCAAACGACGCUGGCUAAAUACCGGGCCAAUUUGAGCGCCACAUGAUGGCUUACGGAGGAACCUGGUUACGCAAAGCUGCAGUUGAACCGACAUGGGCAGCUGAAUAAGUCGCCAAAGGGCUAAGCUGGGCCAGGAGGCGCUGCCAAUCCGUGGUCCUUGAUGGAUUUGGUCGCUCGGUCACGCAGCUUCAGAAACGAGGCUUAACCAGGUUACUAGGAAAAGUCCUGGAUCGGGGUUAGUCUAACUGGUUGCACGGCUUAUUGAGGCUUUUAACAAAGCUGUAAGGAAUUUGGGAAUCUUGGUUAGUAGACAGUGGCCCUUAAAAUCUGGGCUCAAAUUUUUCUGCGUUGAGUUAAAUCCCAAAAUUUGCGAAAAAUGCAAAAGGACGCUGGCAAAAAAUGCCUAGAAGCUUUUCCGUUUUAAAAGAAGGCCGCGAACGAAUGCAUUAUUAUUAUUUUUGGGUGUGUGGAAAGCAGCUUGUAGAAAGCCUCUUCAUCUCGUGCCUCAGGAACCGGGAAGGCGGGACGAAAGGAGCAUGGGAUGGUCACGUUUUCUGCAUUUUAUUGAAUGGGGGGAAUAAAAUCUAGGAGUGAAGGCCGCAAAGAAAUUUCCCGCGUUCCUUUUUACAUUUUUUUUAAAGUUCUGAAAGUUUUCUUUUCUUUUCUUUUUUUUGUAGCACAGAACAUUUUUUUUUAAUCUAGCCCUCUGCCCAGGUGUGCUAUUAAAAACGUUUCCUAAUUGGGAUUUUUUUUUUCCUAGAGGUCCCUGCAUCACAACUUCCAUCAUUCCCAGCCCGCUGGGGAAGAUGGGAGAUAGAAUCUGAUGCAUCUAGGGGGAAAAAACAACGGGGGCUGUUUUGUUUUAUAUCUAUAUAUUUGCAAAUUCUGCAGCGUUCCCAAGUUUGCAACGGGGAAUGUGUUCCUGGCGGGUUGCGUGGAGAGGCGACAACUCUUUGCAAACGGGAAUGAAGGUUGUGUGUAUGUGCAGCAUUUGAACUGACAAGCUGGGACUCAGUUUAGUUUUGAGCAAUCUAAUAAAAGCAUUUUUUUAAAUUUUUUUUUAACU